UGUUCGACCCUAGAACCCCAAGAACAAAUUUGUUAGGCCACUGAGAACCUUGAAACCCAUCUUUAAAUCUCUUCUCUCAACCAAAAAUGAUUUCAGUGUUGGAGUUCUUCAGCAAUUCGGGGUACACAUUCACAGAGUGUAUUGUUGAAAGAAAUGAUUUUAUAUGCCAUACGUGCAACAAAUCAGUUCAGGGCUCUGAUAUAUAUUUCUGUAUUGGACACAAUGAUCUUCGAAGUUUCUACCUGCACAAGUCGACUUGUGCAGAAUUACCCAUAUCUGUUUAUCUACAUGAGCAUUCAUUAAGCUUACAACAGGAUUUUAUUUUUGCAGAGGAUGCUGCUUGCAUUAUUUGCUAAAAACGAGUCGCAGGCUCCCCAACAUAUACCUGUGUUAGUUGUAAUGACGAUGUUGCUUGUCAAAAUUUCUACUUGCAUAAGACUUGUGCAGAAUUCCCCCAGCAAAUUAACCACCACAAACACACCAUCCAUCCUCUUUCUCUCCUUCCACGACCUGAUGAUUACACCUGUGAUAUUUGUUAUCGUGUCAUUAAGGUCUCUUAUGCAUGUGUUGAUUGUGACUUUGAUGUGUGUGUGUUUUGUGGUUUGGAGCAGAGGGUGCUUCAUCAUGAAGGACACAAGGAGCACGCUGACGUUAAUGAACAAGGAAGCCUGUCAUGAGAAAGCGAACGACUCUUCAUAUGUUUGCACCACCUGUGAGUUCUGGAUUCACAAGACCUGCGCCUUUUCACCCUUGAGUAUUCCAUCGCCUACUUAUCACAAUCACCCUCUCACUCUCGUCUACUCUAUACCUGACAUUCAUCUCGUCUUUAACCAAUACUGUGGUAUCUGCCGCCGAUUUGUUUACCGCAGGAGCUGGGUGUAUUAUUGCGACAGGUGCACAUAUUUUGUGCACAUGAAAUGUUCUACAUCCACAAUAUCCAUGGUGAAUCAAUGUUUAAUCUCAUUGUGACUCAGUGUUGCAAAUCCCAAGUCAACUUUGAAGGUGAAGAUGAAAUCAGUGUUGCGAUGUCAGUAACAUCUAAUGAUCCACACAUUAUUGAAAAACACUGGAGUCACCAGAUCCAUCCAUUAAAACAGCUCCAGUUUCCCACCUGUGACAAUGACAGCGAUGACAGUGAUGAUGAUAGGAGAGAGCUGAUAUGCAACGGGUGUAUUCAACCUAUAACCGUUUCCCAUCCGUCUUACUACGCUUGUAUAGAGUGUGGUUUCUUCAUCCAUUCCUUCUGUGCGACUAAGUUGCCACAGAAGUUGCCUGUAGGAGCAUUGCAUUUUCACCCCCACCAUUCUCUCAUGCUUCAGAUGAAGGAUAAAUUUUAUGAUACUGUGGUCUGUGAAGUUUGCGGCUUUUGGACAAAUGGAUUCUACUAUCACUGCCAGACUUGUGAUAUCUAUGUUGAUAUCCGUUGUGCAUUCUUACCAACAAGAAUAAAAUACAAAUCUCACAAACAUCACUCCCUUGUUCAGCGGCCAGCUUUGAAUUCUACCUGCAGUAUAACCAGGUAUCGAAAUGAGUUUGGGGUGUAUGGAUGUGAAACCUGCAAUAAUUUCCAGAUUGAUAUAUGUUGUAUAAUAAUACCAAGUAGGAUGGAACACAAAUAUGAUUCUCACCCCUUAACCUUGAGAUAUCCACCAUUCUUCUACGAAGGAGCUUUCUACUGUGAAAUCUGUGAGGAACGAGUUAACAACCAAGAUUUGCUCUACCAUUGCAGUGAAUCUGAACAUUCUUAUCACUAUACUUGCGUGUUUUGGCUCAACAAUGUCAAGUUAGGAGGGACAAUUAAAGUUAUUAUUUCGGAUAAACCACACACACUUGCAUUAGUUAUGAAGACGCCUACAAGAAAGAAGCCCAUACACACUUGUUCACAGUGCUUCAGUUUUUCCGAUUCAUUCUCUUUUCUUCUGGAAUGUGAUGGUUGUGGACUUCUUGCUUGUUUUUACUGUCUACUCUCGGGCAAGUCACAACAGAUUGCACUCAUAUAACUACUGUACUUCUCUUUAGAAUGUGCAUUUCUCUGUUCAUUUGCUUUAUUUAGUUUGCUUGUACCC